AAAAGGUUUCCUUGUGGCACAACAUUACUUUCUCUUUUCAUUCCUUUUCCUGGGCAGUCAUGGAAGCUCUGAAUCCUGCCAGGGCCUUGCAAGAAGAACUCUUUUGCCCCAUAUGCCUGGAUUAUUUUACUGAGCCGGUGAUCCUGAACUGCGAGCACAAUUUCUGCAGGGCCUGCAUCUGCACUUACUGGGGCAGCCUGGAUGACAGAUUACCCUGUCCACAGUGCAGGAAAAGGUGCCACAAAGGGAAUCUCAGGCCUAAUACUCAGCUGGGGAAGGUGGCCGAGAAGGCCAAAGAGCUGGCAGCAGCCAGAGACUCGGCCCUGCCAAAGACCCCUACUCUGAAGAUAGCAAACAAGCCAGAGUUUGCUGCCAGAGAAGAUAUGUGCAAGCAGCACCUGGAGGCACUGAAAUUAUUUUGCAAGAACGACGAGGUCUUGAUCUGUGUGGUUUGUGACAGGUCCAAGGAGCACAGGCUCCACAUGGUGAUACCUGUGGAGGAGGCAGUGGAGGAGUACAAGGUGCAGUUUCAGCACCACUUGGCCACAUUGAAAAGUGAGAGAGACAGCAGGGAGAUACUUGCCAUAAACCAAGGGAAGAGACUAAAAAUGCUGGUGGGUCGUGCAGAAGUGGUACAGCAACGAACUGCCUGUGUAUUCCAGGAUUUACGGAAAACCCUUCAGGACAGGGAGAGCCAUAUCAUUCAGGGGCUAUCAAAAGUCACCAAGGACUUGAAGCAAAUGCAGCAGGCAAAUGAGAACAAGAUCCAGCAGGGAGCGCCACUUCUACGCAGUUUGAUCCUUGAGCUGGAACAAAAGUGUCAACAGCCACAUAUUGAGUUUCUUAAGGAUGUUGGAAGCCUCCUGAACAGGUGUCAAAGUUGGAGCUUUCCAAAGUGGACACCAGUGUCCACCAUAGAACUGGAAGAGAGGAUUUCUAAUUUUUCCCAUAAGAAGAGAGCCCUCCAGGAGCACAUGACUGAGAUGCGAGAAAUCUUGACCCUAGAUCCUGAUUCAGCUCAUCCCAACCUGGCUAUUUCAGCUAACCGGAAGACUGCAAGUCGCAAGGAUGUUUGCCCACCUCAUUGCAACAUGUCUAAAAGAUUCUACCCUUCUUUUUGUGUUCUGGGCUCUGAGGGUUUCACAGGGGGCCGUCACCACUGGUUGGUGGAUGUGAGAGGCAGAUGUGGUUGGGCCCUGGGUGUGGCUCAGGAGUCUGUGGAUAGGAAGAAGCCUGUGGUGCUUCAGCCAGAAUGUGGAAUUUGGGCUGUGGAGCUGGGCCCCUACCAGCUCUUUCCUGCAUUGCCAGCCUCUGAGGAAGAGACAGAGAUCCCGACCCGCAAGGUUCUUGUGAGCUUGGACUAUGAAGGUGGCCGGUUGACGUUCUCGGACUCAGAGGACCUAGAACCUCUCUUCACUUUCAGAGCCUCUUUCACAGAAAAGCUUUACCCAUUCUUUUGGCUGUGGUCCCCCAAGGCCUCUAUCACACUCUGCUCCUAAGGCAAAAGACAAGAGAAGAAGGUUGCCUGCAGCAAAAGCCAAAGCAGUUGGGCUCUAUAAAAAUAAAUAAUAAAACUUUAAUUUAUAUCCCGCUUUUUGUUUCCACAAUAAAAGCGGCAUACAACCUUUAAAAAUAACUCAGGAAUUUAUGGAAAAGAAAAAGCCCAUGGUACUGCAGCUUCAGCUGGUUAAAGAAAGGAGUGACUAUGGCUGCUGCCACACUGCAGAAUUAAUGCAGUUUGACACUGCUUUAACUCUCGUGGCUCCAUCCUAUGGAAUCCUAGCACUUGUAGUUUGUUGUCACAGCAGUGAUCUCGUCACAGAGAAGGCUAAAUCUUUCACAAAACUACAAAUCCCAGAAUUCCAUAGCAUUGAGCCACAGCAGCUAAAGCGGUGUCAAACUGCAUUAAUUGUGCAUUGUAGAUGCAGCCCAGGAGUUGUUAAAGAAACUACAGCUUCCACCAGUAGGGAUGGGCAAUACUGACAGUUUUCUGCACCUGGGUCACUCUGGCAGAAAAGCCAAAGAGUCAAAAGAAAACAAAAGUAAGGUUCAAAAUGCACUACAGAAAUAAUCCCAUUUGAGACUGCUUUAACUGCCCUGGCUCAGUGCUAGGGAAUUCUGGGAACUAGUUUAUUGUGGCACCAAAGCUCUAGCAUUGAGCCAGGGCAGUUAAAGCAGUCUCAAACUGGAUUAUUUCUGCAGUGCGUUUUGGACCUAAGUUGGUAGAAUUCCAUAUCUCAUUUUGAAAAGUUGUGUUUUUAAAAAAUAUUCAUUUUUUCUGCAGUCUGUUAAAAUAAAUUACUACUCCUGGA